AUUUCCCUGUCUCACAGUCUAUGGUGAAAGACAAAAAGAAGGAAAGCAAGCCUUCAUCAGACGAAGAGGCUGAGAGUGACAGUGGUAGUGAGAGUGAAAGUGAAGAGGAAGCUUGUAAACCUCGGAAGUUACGGAAACGAGUAGACUCUGAUUCGGAUUCUGAUGAAGAAAAUGAUAUAAAUGCUGUGAUGAAAUGUUUACCAGAAAAUUCAGCUCCUUUAAUUGAAUUUGCAAAUGUCUCCCAAGGCAUAUUAUUACUUUUGAUGCUGAAACAGCACUUAAAGAAUCUCUGUGGAUUCUCUGAUAGUAAAAUUCAGAAAUAUUCUCCAUCUGAAUCUGCAAAAGUUUAUGAUAAAGCAAUAAACAGGAAGGCAGGAGUGCAGUUCCAUCCAAAACAAACUCUGGAUUUUCUGCGGAGUGAUAUGGCUAAUUCUAAGAUCACUGAAGAAGUGAAGAGGAGCAUAGUAAAACAGUAUUUAGAUUUCAAGCUCCUUAUGGAACAUCUGGAUCCUGAUGAAGAGGAAGAAGAUGGAGAGGUGUCAGCUAGCACAAAUGCUCGGAACAAAGCAAUUACCUCGCUGCUUGGAGGAGGCAGCCCUAAAAACAGUGCAGCUGAGACAGAGGAUGAUGAAAGUGAUGGGGAGGAUAGAGGAGGAGGCACUUCAGGGUCAUUGAGAAGGUCAAAACGAAAUUCAGACUCUACGGAGUUGGCUUCACAGAUGAAUGAAAGUGUUGAUGUCAUGGAUAUCAUCGCUAUUUGCUGUCCAAAGUACAAAGAUCGACCACAAAUUGCACGAGUAGUACAGAAAACCAGCAAUGGCUUCAGUGUUCAGUGGAUGGCAGGCUCCUACAGUGGCUCCUGGACUGAGGCUAAGCGCCGUGAUGGCCGCAAACUGGUGCCUUGGGUAGACACUAUUAAAGAGUCAGACAUUAUUUACAAAAAAAUUGCUCUAACUAGCGCUAAUAAACUGACUAAUAAAGUUGUUCAGACUUUACGAUCGCUGUAUGCUGCCAAGGAUGGAACUUCCAGCUAAUGAAUUUGUACAUGCAGCCAAAUUUACAGGAAUUGAAAUAACACACAAACAUGAAAUUUCAACUUUCUGGUAAAAGUAAAAUAAUGAUGAUAAAAAAAUCAAUUAAAUGAGGAGUAAGAACGGAACCUGGCACACAGGGGGAAAAAAACAAGAAGGAAAUGUUUGGUAAAUGUUUUGUGGGAGCUUCCUUCGCUGUUGUGCAGCAGAAACUUCUCAAUUCAUUUUUACUCCCACUG